GAGAAAGAAAUGACUGCGUUUGUUUGAGUCUUUGUCCCCCUCUCUCUCCUUCUUCUUCCUUUCCCUUUCUUUCCACUCAAAAACCAAAUCUCCAUAGCAAGCGUCUUCUUGUUUUCUAAAUCUCAUAUUCAAAUCUACACAAAACAAAAGAAAAUAAUCCCAUUUUUUAAGCCUUAUAUUAAACAACAAACAUAUAGUACUAGUUUUUAAUAUUUCCAUUUGAUAUUGUUUUUUAUAGUUUUUUUUUUGCCUCUUGUGUUUUCUUGUACUUUUGAUGUUUUAGUCAUGGCUGGUUUGGAUUUAAGCACUGCUUCUCGUUAUGUUCAUCAACUUCACCAUCCAGCUGACUUCAAUCUACAAAGACAGCCAGAUGAUGAAGCUAACAAGAACCAAUUUUCCGAUGACCAUCACCACGAGGAUAACGGUCACCAGAAUCAAGGUGAUAUCGUUGGCCGGAGACCUAGAGGACGGCCGCCGGGGUCGAAAAACAAGCCAAAACCACCAGUAAUUAUCACUAGGGAAAGUGCAAACACAUUGAGAGCACAUAUAUUGGAGAUUGGAAAUGGAUGUGAUGUAUUUGAGUGUGUUUCAACUUAUGCUCGGAGAAGACAAAGAGGAAUCUGUAUAUUAAGUGGCAGUGGGACAGUAACAAAUGUUAGCAUAAGACAACCUGCGGCAGCUGGUUCUGUAGUAACAUUGCAUGGAAGAUUUGAGAUUCUUUCACUUUCUGGCUCAUUCUUGCCUCCACCAGCUCCACCAGGUGCGACGAGUCUGACGAUUUUCUUGGCUGGCGGACAAGGGCAAGUUGUUGGAGGAAGUGUAGUAGGGGAAUUGAUUGCUUCUGGACCAGUUAUUGUUAUAGCUUCAUCUUUUACAAAUGUUGCUUAUGAGAGACUGCCAUUAGAGGAUGAUAAUGAAGGAGGAGGACUUCAAAUGCAACCACAAGUAUCACAAGUCUCUAGUGGCAAUAAUGGCCCUAAUAGUGGUGCUGGUGUUAAUAAUAAUAAUAAUAGCCAAUUUCCUGACCCUUCAUCUGGAUUUCCAUUCUUUAAUCUUCCUUUGAAUAUGCCUAAUGGUCAACUACCAUUUGGUGUCUAAUAGCUACAUACUCUUGAAGAUUAGAGUAAUUGGUUGUGAUGACUUCUGUAAAUGUGUGUGCAUCAUGGUGUUCGAUCACAGUAUUAUCUUUGAGAAGCUGAAGUCGAGUUGUUGUUGAUAUCGUAUGAGAAAUGAUCGAAUCGACGAAGAAAUUAGGGGAUUCUUGAAUCAUACAAAAGUCAGGAAAUUUUUAAUGUACCACGUUUGUCAUAGUGAUGGAUCUAGUGAAUGUUGGAUUUUCUCCAUUUCUUUUUCUGGGGUCUUUUUUUUUUUUUUUUUUUUUUUAAUUUUUAAUUUUUAUUUUUAUGUUUUCUUGUUUUGUUCUUCUUGGUUUUGUAACUCUAUGAAUCUGAAAAUAGUGAUGAUCUUCUACUCUUAAUGUUCUUUAUGGAACUCUUUUCUAUAAAGAAGAAAUGGUUUGAGAAUGCAA